GGCGCCUCGCGGGCGGGUGGCUUUAGAGGCGGCGGUGGAUGGUUGACUGUUGGCUCCAGGGUAGGGGUCGCAGCGCGUGCGAUUCGCCCACACAGGACCGGAGGGUGCGGGCUGCUGAAGCUCAACCUGGAACCCACCGGCGAGACCAGGCUCGGCCCGGCCAUGCCCGCCGGGAGCAACGAGGCGGACGGCGUCCUCAGCUACCAGAGACCAGAUGAGGAAGCUGUGGUGGAUCAAGGUGGAACCAGCACAAUUCUCAACAUUCACUAUGAGAAAGAAGAGUUGGAAGGUCAUAGAACUCUGUAUGUGGGGGUUCGUAUGCCGCUGGGCAGGCAGAGCCAUCGGCACCACCGCACCCAUGGCCAGAAGCACCGUAGACGAGGGCGGGGCAAAGGAAUCGGCCAGAGUGAGGAGGGCCUGGAAGCCUCGGCUCAUGACACCCCAUCUCAGCGUGUUCAGUUCAUUCUCGGCACUGAGGAAGACGAAGAGCAUGUGCCUCAUGAGCUGUUCACAGAGCUGGACGAGAUCUGUAUGAAAGAGGGGGAAGACGCUGAGUGGAAGGAGACAGCCAGGUGGCUGAAAUUUGAAGAAGAUGUUGAAGAUGGUGGGGAACGCUGGAGCAAGCCUUAUGUGGCGACUCUUUCAUUGCACAGUCUCUUUGAGCUAAGGAGCUGCCUUAUUAAUGGGACUGUCCUUCUGGAUAUGCGUGCAAAUAGCAUAGAAGAAAUUUCAGACUUGAUACUGGACCAGCAAGAACUGUUCAGUGACCUGACUGACAGUGUGAGGGUUAAAGUACGGGAAGCGCUUCUCAAAAAGCACCAUCAUCAGAAUGAAAAGAGGAGAAACAACCUCAUCCCCAUUGUUCGCUCCUUUGCUGAGGUUGGCAAGAAGCAGUCUGAUCCACAUUCGAUGGACAAGAACGGUCAAACUGUAUCUCCUCAGUCUGUUCCAUCUACAAAUCUUGAAGUGAAAAAUGGAGUGAAUUGUGAACAUAGUCCUGUGGAUUUAAGCAAGGUGGACCUUCAUUUCAUGAAAAAAAUUCCCACCGGGGCAGAGGCCUCCAAUGUCCUGGUUGGAGAGGUGGAUACUCUGGACCGGCCCAUCGUUGCCUUUGUGAGGCUCUCUCCAGCGGUUCUUCUUUCCGGCCUGACAGAAGUGCCGAUCCCAACAAGAUUUUUGUUUAUCUUAUUGGGUCCAGUAGGAAAAGGUCAGCAGUACCAUGAGAUUGGCAGGUCCAUGGCCACCAUCAUGACAGAUGAGAUUUUCCAUGAUGUGGCAUACAAAGCAAAAGAGCGGGACGACCUCCUAGCAGGAAUUGAUGAGUUCCUGGACCAAGUGACGGUGCUUCCUCCAGGGGAGUGGGACCCCUCCAUUAGAAUUGAGCCACCCAAAAAUGUCCCUUCCCAGGAGAAAAGGAAAAUGCCUGGAGUUCCAAAUGGAAACAUUUGCCACAUAGAGCCAGAACCACAUGGGGGACAUAGUGGGCCAGAACUUCAGCGGACUGGGCGGCUAUUUGGGGGCUUGGUGCUGGACAUUAAGCGGAAGGCCCCUUGGUACUGGAGUGACUACCGGGAUGCACUGAGCUUACAGUGCCUGGCCUCCUUUCUGUUCCUGUACUGUGCCUGCAUGUCACCUGUCAUUACCUUUGGGGGAUUGCUCGGAGAAGCCACGGAGGGACGCAUAAGUGCAAUUGAAUCCUUGUUUGGAGCCUCUGUGACGGGGAUUGCCUAUUCCUUGUUUGCUGGACAGCCUCUUACCAUCUUGGGAAGUACUGGGCCAGUGCUUGUGUUUGAAAAGAUUUUGUUCAAAUUCUGCAAAGACUAUGCCCUCUCAUACCUCUCCCUGAGAGCUUGCAUAGGGCUGUGGACUGCCUUCCUGUGUGUUGUCCUUGUGGCAACUGAUGCCAGUUCUCUUGUCUGCUACAUUACCCGCUUCACCGAAGAAGCAUUUGCCUCCCUGAUUUGCAUUAUUUUCAUCUAUGAAGCAAUAGAAAAGCUGAUUCACCUGGCAGAGACCUACCCCAUCCAUAUGCACAGCCAGCUGGACCACCUUAGCCUCUAUUACUGCAGGUGCACACGCCCAGAGAAUCCAAACAAUCAGACCCUACAGCACUGGAAGGACCGCAGCAUCAUGCCAUCAGAAGUGAACUGGGCUAACCUCACUGUCAGCGAAUGCCAGGCGAUGCAUGGAGAGUUCAUGGGAUCUGCAUGUGGUCAUCAUGGACCCUACACUCCUGAUGUGCUCUUUUGGUCCUGUAUUCUCUUCUUCACCACCUUCAUCCUUUCAAGCACCUUAAAGACAUUUAAGACGAGCCGCUAUUUCCCAACCAGAGUACGCUCCAUGGUGAGUGACUUUGCUGUCUUCCUCACUAUCUUCACGAUGGUGAUUAUUGACUUUUUGAUUGGCGUCCCAUCACCAAAGCUUCAGGUACCCAGUGUGUUCAAACCAACAAGGGAUGAUCGAGGAUGGUUUAUUAGUCCCAUUGGCCCCAAUCCCUGGUGGACUGUGAUAGCAGCCAUUAUCCCCGCUCUUCUGUGCACUAUCUUGAUAUUCAUGGACCAGCAAAUCACUGCUGUCAUCAUUAACAGGAAGGAACAUAAGCUCAAGAAAGGCUGUGGCUACCAUCUGGACCUGCUGAUGGUGGCCGUCAUGCUGGGUGUUUGCUCCAUCAUGGGGCUGCCUUGGUUUGUGGCUGCAACUGUCCUGUCCAUCACACAUGUGAAUAGCCUCAAGCUGGAAUCUGAGUGCUCUGCUCCUGGAGAACAACCCAAGUUCUUGGGCAUCCGAGAGCAGAGAGUGACAGGCCUUAUGAUCUUCCUGUUGAUGGGCUGCUCGGUCUUCAUGACAGCUGUCUUAAAGUUCAUCCCGAUGCCAGUGCUCUAUGGAGUUUUCCUCUACAUGGGUGUUUCUUCCCUACAGGGAAUUCAGUUCUUUGAUCGUCUGAAACUCUUCGGAAUGCCUGCAAAGCACCAGCCAGAUUUCAUCUACCUGCGGCACGUGCCACUGCGCAAAGUGCACCUCUUCACCCUCAUCCAGCUCACCUGCCUCGUCCUGCUCUGGGUUAUCAAGGCAUCACCAGCUGCCAUUGUUUUCCCGAUGAUGGUCUUAGCUUUGGUUUUUGUCAGGAAAGUCAUGGAUCUCUGCUUCUCCAAGCGUGAGCUGAGCUGGCUGGAUGAUCUCAUGCCUGAAAGCAAAAAGAAGAAGUUGGACGACGCCAAAAAGAAGGCUAAGAGACAAGAGGAGGCCGAUAAAAUGUUGGAAAUAGGAGGUGACAAGUUCCCCCUUGAAAGCAGGAAGUUACUAAGUAGCCCUGGAAAGAAGAACAGUUUCAGAUGUGACCCCUCUGAGAUUAAUAUAUCAGAUGAAAUGCCUAAAACCACGGUCUGGAGAGCUCUCAGCAUAAAUUCAGGAAAUACAAAGGAAAAAAGUCUCUUCAACUAAGAGUCUUUACUGGGAUGGAAGAUCUGGGCCAUGAGGUGCCUCGGGGAAGUUCUGGUUGGUGAGAAAAUGGUGAGUGUCUCAGAAGAAGCCAGGCUGAGUCCAGCCCAUCCUUGGUCAUCUCAAAGCCAUGCCCACGCUGAAGCAUUCCGUCACUCUCAGUGUGCAUCUGGAGGCAUCCAGCUACCUGCAUAGCAGCAGCUGGUCCCCGAUAGGAGUGUGGACACAGAAGACCACCUCCUACUGGAACUUCUUCUUUCUCUUCAGAACAGCACCAUUAAAGGCCCAGCUUCCCAUUUUUCAGACAUUUUCUCUGAAACUCUCUGUUGACCUGUGGAACCAUAUGGGUCUUUGAGGAGCCCUUCAUGAGGUCCCUCUUCCUGAAGGAUGGUUUAGGGUACUAGCAGGAGAACCAAGAGAAGGGAAGGCUCCAGGGUCUGUCGUUCUCUGCGGGCUCAUAGGCAGCCUGGGCCUCAGUUCUAUGGCUACUUGGGCAGGGGAUAGUCAGGCCAGAUACUGUAGCAGGUCUGCCACCUGGGGGUCGUCCAUCUGAGCAUCAGCAGUGCCCACUACCACAGCUUACCAGUAAGAUGCCUCUGACCUGAGGUCAUCCUUACUCCCUAGAAGCAGUCAGCACAAUUCAGUACAACCCUCGGAAGAUGCAGGCCCGAGCAUAAGAGUGAAGGUGUUUAGCUUAUUUAAGAAAAGGCUCAGGGGAAAGUCAGCAAGGUAAGGAAGGACUGAGCAGUUUCUCUUGAGUUUUGUUGGGACUAGAGUAAGAGAAUGAUCCUAAACUGCUACAGAAGAAGUUAGUUUAGAUUCCAGGAAGGGUUUCCUCACCUGAAGGUUUGUUACGACAGCAUCUGUUUUCCAGCUACCUAGGAAAGAUUUGAUAGCAUUUUGUGGGUAGAAAGGGGGAUAUGGUGUUGUUAUUGGCCAUUUUGUGGGACUUCUUGACAUCUUGUUGCUGUCUCUUGAGACUACAUUGUGAUGCCACCCUGAAGAGAUGCAAGUGCUCCUGUACUGCCUCCUUAGCUGCCUUAGUAGUGAACACCAUCAGCUUAAUGGACCAAACCACCUUCGGCCAUGUGGUUCUUCAUCAUGGAUCUCUUUCAGUUGGCAGUUCUGGCUAUCAGAUGUAAAAAGCCAUGCUAAGAAAUGAACUGUAAGUGGUGAAGUCAAUUUGGAUACCUUGUUUAAAAGUGCAUUUAUGGUUUUUCCCUUCUAUGUUGCGAUGAAUGUCAAGGGUUUAAGCCCCAGUGCUUAUAGACCUUACCUCCCUGUGUGCACAGAAUGUGACUAGCAGGCCCUUUAACACCCAGAGUUCCAAUCAUGCUAGUUUUCCAUCUGGGACAACCCUUGGACAGAAGAUCCCUUAGUGUGCUUUCUUUUCACAGAUGAAGAAUUAGCUAGAUCAUUUUAUUGCGUUUUGCGUUCCUUAGACUCCCGACGUAUACUGAUGUAAUCAUAGUCUGAAGACCUUUGAUAUUGAAGAGAACCUACAUUUCCCUAUACUUUCCUACCUCUUAGGACCACUGUCAUUUUAAUGCAGAGAUGGUUUUCAAGAUAUUUAACAAUUGGUACAGGACAGAUACGAGCCACAUAGAGCAGGUGUCAUAAAUAGCAGUAGGCGUCACCAUUCAAUGCCUGUUGAUGAAUGCCACAGUGCUUUUGAACACUAAAAUGGCAUCCUCUGAAUUGUGGAUAUAGUCGUGGUUUGUCAGAUCUCUACUCAUGAGGCUUUUUCAGCAACAGCCUUAGCUUGCUCUGCAACAAGUAGAUUUCUUGGAAAUCGAUGGGCAUUAAAGUCUUUGUGAGCCAAAGUUUCAGAUUGUAUUACUUUAGGACAAAUCUAAUAAUUGUAGCCCUUUACCUACCUACCUUGGAAAAUUAAAAGGCAACCUGUCCAUGGAAAAAGCUUUCUUGCUAACAUUCCGGGUCCUCUUGGCUGACUUUCUUGAACUUCCCUCUUGCUCGUCACUUCCGUUCCCUAAGAACACACCCUUUCCUUGCCCCAUCCUGCUGCUCUCAUUUUCCUGCCACAUUUCAUGUUGGGAGAUUGGUAACUAUGUCACCUGCUUCCCUAUCCUCAGUGCACCUGAAAGGUAUAUAAGAGGGAAGAGUCCGUUGUGCAAGGCAGCCAGUGACAAUGUGAUGGAGAAAAAUGUCUCUUCUAAAACAUGGCUGUUUACACUGCCUUGUGUAUGCCAAGCUGCUGGAGAGUUAAGACUGCCUUUGUUAACCGCAAUUAUUAAUCCUGCGGGAACUUCAGACUCCCUUCUCUGCUAGACUGCCUCAGAUCACUGACCCUGAGGAAUGGAAGCCGCUUUGGAGGGCAGUGCUCACCCUCUCGGGCCCUUAGAUUUUUCUCAAACAAUAGCCUCCUUUGUGCGGCAUGUAGUGCCUCUUACCCAGUUCCUGUGAAACAGUUAACAGCAGAUCUGUGACUGGUGACCCUAGUAGCAGUGAAUCUGGGCAGUGUUUGGGGUCAGAAACAGGAAGUAGAGGUGAAGCACUUAACAAUAUGCAUGUGUGUAUUGGCAAAUGAGGUCAUAGCUGCAAGUGUUCAUUGCCGCUAUGAACCUUGAGUGCACCGCUGUGAGAGCAUAAAAUAUGGGCUCCUUCUCUUGUCUAGGAGAUCCCAUCUCAGAUCUCUGACAGAGUAGCUUGAAGACAAUGCAUGCAGGUUGGACCUACAAAAGAAGACAUUAAGUCCAACAAGAAGAAACUGGUUUAGGUGUAGAAGACAAGGCAAGCUGUUGGGUGAUUUUUUUUUUUUUUUUCAUGCCCACUUUUGCCUGGACCUGAGAAGUGGUCAU